AUGGCGAAACGUUACGAAGACCGACCCGGUGGGUAUACGCGCGUGCAUUUGAUGGGUCAUCGUAAGGGCGACCAUGCGCCGCGAGCGAUUUUGGAGCUGGUUGACAAUCCGACUGAUGUGAAGCUAGACAUGACUGCGCGGUCUAUGGCGCGUGAGACGUAUGUGCUUCUGCAUCGCGCCCAAAAAACCAUUGAUUGGCCCACACUUCAAGAGCUAAUCAAGGCACAAUCGUCCAUACCACUUGAGCAAGACACACGAUUCCACGAACUGACGCGGAAGAACAUCCGCAAGCUUGUCCGGUUCCGUGGUGAUGAAGCUCGCAAUGCCCUUGCACAAAAGGCCGCUACUUAUUUGGAGCGCAUGUGGGCUCAAGAUACGCUGGAAGGACCGCGUCGCCCUGACAUGAAGCUGUGGGAUGCCAUGGAAAUCUCCCGACCAAGUCGCGGCCGCACACUCACUCGUCCUAUGACUGGAGCCCGUUUGUAUGCUGGACAGCUCUCGGUUCAGCAAGCUGCGCGUGUCGGCACUGAGUUUGAGCAGGCUAAGCCUAUGCGUCGUCGUGAUCAGACGGUUGCUCCAACUCGGACUGUGCGUUACCAAAAGCCAAGUGUCAUUCGUCUGGCAAAGGGUUCAUUUGCCAAGCGACACGUCCGCGGUGCAUCUACGCCUGCGUCCUAA